AUGGUGAAAAAUUAUCACCACCUGCCUAAUUGUACCAACACCAAUGAAAAUACUCGUUAUCACACAAAUUCAUCUGCAAAUAUCGUCGAUAAUUCUCCUGAAUAUUAUUAUGAUCCACAAUCAAAUAUGCACUUCAACUAUCCGAAUAAUCAACAACAAAAUCGUAAAUAUCGUGUUCCUCCACCUACCACAACUAAUCUUAGAAUGUUAGAUUCUCCUGCACAGUCUCCUUGUAGACGUAUGCGUGAACAAGAUGAUGAUGAAUUUAUUACUGUUGUACACAAUAAAAAACGUAAACAAUUAAACAAGGAUUUCGAUGAUCAAUUCGAAGAUCCACAACAGAAGUUCAAUAAUCCUAAUGCACCUAUACAGCAGCAGACAAGCAUUUACAAUAAUAAUCACAACAAUGAUCCACCACCUCUACUUGCAACACAAUCAUCAAGAACCAUUACUUCUCGUACAAUUUCAAAUUCGAAUCUCAAUCCAAGUCAACCAAAACAACAACAACAAAAUAAAAUUACACCCGAAUCUGCACGUUUUGCACAAACACGUUUUCCCUAUCAACCCUUCAUCAUUCGUUUUACAUCGGGAAACAUUAAAGAUAAACAAGUGGCACAUGAAAUCUCAAAACAUUUUAAAGAUAAUUAUCAUACUGAUAUAUCAAUUUUAAAUAUUCGUCGAUCAGUAAUGAAAUGUCAACAAAACGAGUAUGACUAUUUGAUCUAUGUCAAAGAUUCAAUUACAUUUUCAUUACUAUUUCAUCAACAAAACUGGCCUCAACGUAUCGGUGGUGAAACUUUUAUAUUUCCUUCCUCACCAUCAUUUCCUGCACAGCUUUCAUUCAUAAUAAAGAAUGUUGACCUACGUAUAAAUCUUGAUGAUUUUGCUGAAGAUUUGAAAGUUACCUAUCCUGAAAUUCAUGCUGUAAUUAGGUUGAAAAAUAAAUUUCAAAAUAAUAUUAGAUUAAUUAAAAUCGAAAUUCUAUCACCAACGAUUCGCGAGCAAAUAUUAAAUGCUGGUAGCAUUCUAGUAAAUAGUAUUGCAUAUGACGUGGAGGAAUAUUUAUCACCAGCAAAUGUGUUGAUCUGUUCUAAAUGCAUGGCCAUCGGACACUUUAAAAAACAGUGUACUCAAAUCAAUGAAACUUGCAAAGUGUGUGGUCUGUCUUGUCCUGAUCUUCGUCAUCAUAACUGUUCAUUGAUCAAUAAAUGUGUACACUGUAAUGGUGAUCACGUUUCAAAUUCAUAUAAAUGUCCUAUAGUUAAAAAUUUUCGUGCAGAAUUAACAAAAAAAUUGCUGUUUUCAAAUCGUAUGUCAUCAUCUUAUGGUUUAACAAAUACUAAUAUCAAUAAUACGUAUAGUUAUGAUGCAACUGCUUUUCCAGUACUUCCUCGUCCACAACAACCAUCACCAUAUUCGUUUACUAAUUAUUCAAUGAUAAAUAAAAUAGAUGAAUUAAUUAAUUCUGUACGUAAAGUAAAUGAUACAUUAGAAAAAUUUUCCAAGAAAAACGAUGAAUUUGAAUUAUUUAUGAACAAUAAAAUUAAAAAUGAUGAAAUAUUAUCUACGAAAAUUGAUCAUUUAAUAGAAAAUGAUGUGGAAUUUAAGAAAAAUAUUAUUCAACAUGAAAUUAAAAUUACACGACAUGAAAAUAUAUUUAUAAAAUUAAUUUUACCAAUGAUUGAUGAAAUCAGUAAAUAUUUAUCAAUAAUUAAUAUCGACAAGAAAGGUGAUACAUUAGAUGCUGAUUUUCAAGUUACAAUAAACAGAAUGCGUGUACAAUUGGAAAAAGUAACUCAAAAUAAAAACUUCUAA